AUGAAGUACUUGGGAGCUUAUCUCCUCGCUACUCUCGGUGGAAACGCCUCCCCAUCAGCCCAAGAUGUCCUCAAGGUCCUCGAGGCCGGAGGUCUUGACUGUGACAUGGAGAACGCCAACUCAGUUGUCAACGCCCUCAAGGGAAAGACCAUUGCUGAGGUUAUCGCCGAAGGAAAGGUCAAGCUCAGCUCGGUCCCAUCAGGCGGAUCUGCCCCAGCCGCUGCUGCUCCAGCCGGAGGAGCUGCCGCACCAAAAGCCGAAGAGAAGAAGAAGGAGGAGCCAAAGGAGGAAUCCGAUGACGAUAUGGGCUUCGGACUCUUCGACUAA